UCCCAGCUAGACGCUCGAGUGAAGAGCGCCACAACGAAAUCGAAAAUACGCUUUGGUGCUAUACGCGUACCAAGGGAGGGAGGAGGGCUAUAAAAAGCCCACAACGAACCACGAGAAUAUUUAUAAAUCGCGCGCAUUUGACGCUACAAAUAAAAAGUGCAUUUUAACACGUGGAUAAUCACAAGGCAGACAACAAUAAAUAACUCGGACUGUAACUGAAACCAGUUCACAAAUAAUUGUACAAAUGUUAGUCAAAAAUCGUAGUUCCAAUGGCGCUGCCGCUGCUGCUGCUGCCAACGAAAAUCCAGCAGCGUGCAAUGGCAAUGGCCAUGCUGCGGACACCGAGUCGGAGCGUAAGGCAGCGGGCGAGACGGCUGCGGGGCCGGCGGAUGAGAGCGAAGAUAAUUCGUUGGAUGCCAUACUUGUGAGAAUUGGACAAUUUGGACGCUUUCAGAUAAUUAACUAUGUGCUGCUCUGUGUGCCGAUGGUGUUUAAUGCCUUCUUUUCGAUCUCAUAUGUCUUCACCGCCAGCCCAGUGGUGCACAGAUGCAAUAUAACGCAGUGCGAUAGUCCCAGCAGUUUGUAUGAGGCGCCCUGGCUGAAUUUUACAGUGCCCUACAACAAGACCGGCUGGGCCUCGUGCAAACGUUACGUAUACGGCAAUUUAACAGAAGUCGAAGUCAUGGACUUCUCCAGUGAAGUGUGUGAACCGGAGUACUUUUCUAAUGAUACGACAGAAAGCUGCGGCACUGAUUUCAAGUUUCGAGAUAAAGAAGAAACCAUAUCAACUGAGUUUGGCAUCUUUUGCGAGGACGAAUGGAUGCUGCCUUAUGUGGGCACAAUCAAUAAUGUGGGCCAAUUCGUGGGCAUACCGCUAGGUGGCUUCUUUGCGGAUCGUUAUGGCCGUCGCACUAUGCUGGCGGUUGCUGGUGCCUUGAGCGCUUUGAUGGGACUCCUGCGCUCUGUGUCGAGCAACUACGUUAUGUUCCUCUGCUUUGAGUUUCUGGACAUGGCUGUGGGCAGCACUUUGUUCCCCACUGCAUUUUUGCUGGCCAUUGAGCUGGUUGGCCCCAAGCGUCGCGUGGCAGCUGCCACCAUCAUUACGAUAUUCUAUGCUCUGGGUGAAGCCUUUUUGGGCAUAUUGGCAUCGCAAGUGCAAAAUUGGCGCUGGCUCUUGCGCAUUCUGUAUGCACCAGCGAUACUGCAAAUACUGUUUCUCUGGAUAUUGCCCGAGAGCGUGCGCUGGCUGCUCAGUCAGGGCAAGGAGCAGCGGGCGGCGGCUGUGCUGAGGCGCGCAGCGCAUAUUAAUAAGCGCGACCUGCCCGAGCAGCAGCUGGAUGAGCUGCUGGCUAGUAAUCGCGAGAAGCUGCAGCAGACCAAUGAGAGUCAGUAUCCAAUUAUGAAGACUGCGCGCUUCUUUGUCUGGCGCAUUGCCAAUUGCUGCUUUUGUUGGUUCACACACACGCUGAUUGCCUUGGGUCUGAGUCUCAAUUCGGUGAAUCUCGGCGGCAACAAGUACAAUAACUUCAUGCUGAAUGGCUUUGUGCAGAUUCCGGGCCUGCUGUUGCCGCUCAUCAUUAUGGAUCGCAUUGGCCGCAGGUAUUCGCUUUGCAUGUCUCUCUUGUUGUGCGCCAUUUGCAUGGGCGCCUCGGCAGCUGUUGGCACGGCUAAUUAUGCCAGCGCCUUGACACUCUUUCUGAUUGGCAAAAUGGCCAUCACCUGCAGCUUUCAGAUCUUGUACUUCUUCACCUCUGAGAUCUUUCCCACAAACGUGCGCAACAGCUUGCUCUCGCUCUGCUCCAUGGUGGGACGCAUUGGCUCCAUGCUGGCACCCCAAACCACAUUGCUUACCGGCUACUAUCAGCAUGCGCCGUCUAUAUUGUUUGCCACGUUCGCCUUGGUCAGCGGCCUAUUGACGCUGGCAUUUCCCGAAACUGCUGACAAAGUGCUGCCCACAACAAUGGAGGAUGCGCGUGAUCUGGAUGCUGCGCGCCGUAGACGCACGGGCGGUGCUGAGAACGAGGCUACUAACAAAUCUUGGUGAUAUCAAAAGCGGAAUUAUGAGAAGACAGUGCAGGGAUUUGAAAUGCCAAUUGGCCAAAGAUUUUAAGCAUUUCUUGUUGAUUUUAUAUUUUUAAACUGUUAUUUAAAGUAUUAGCUAAACUGAAACUGUCAGGAACUAUUUGUAUAA